AUGCCCAGGGAUCUCAAUUCAAAUGGACGCGUCUACAAGACCUCCGUGGCUGCCCACCGGUUGAAUGGGCCGCAAAUCGCCAGAUUGGAACAAGAGAUUGUCGAAUUGGAACGACAGAUUGCCGUGCGUAUUGAUCAAGUGCAAGAACUAGCGAAAAUGCCUCCACCUCCACCUCGCUCAGAGAAUUCAGCUGGUGUAGCUCGCGUAGCUCCCAAGACACUUAACGACGUACAAGAGAACGUCUUAGUGCAGUGGAUUCGGCAGGUGAAGGAGCUAUUCGCACUUCCUAUGGGACCCCUUAUCACGACAAGUGCGACUCAGAUUCUAAACCGCGACGGGACCGACUGCACUAUCAGCAAGGCAUGGGUUGAUCGCUUCAUCAAACGCCUACCAGAUGACCUAAAGCCAUCCAAAGUACGAUCCGUCAAGAAAAAGCAUAUCGAUGCUGAAGACCAGGAGACAUUGGAGCAAUGGUAUAGACGUCUGGAGGCUUUGAUUGCUGGGGUUUCCCCGGAAAAUAUUUACAAUUUUGACGACACUAUAUUCCAAAUCGGCCUCGGAAAGAAACCUCGACUGGUCGUUACCCGUAGGGACUCGCCUCUCCCCCCUCUAAAUAGAACCUACUGUGAAUGGAUAACCACGAUCGAAUGUAUUGCCGCCGAUGGGUGGGCAGCCGAUCCAUUUGCCGUUAUUCAAGGCGACCACUAUUUCGAUGAGUGGUUAACCUAUGACGGAACUGCCGAGAACGCUAUGUUCAUGAUGAAUCCGAGCGGCCGGGUGGAUGAGAAGGCUGCAUGCGAGUGGAUUGAGUCUUUCCAUCGCCAGACCGAAGAUCGCGCAGAUGGUCAGCCUCGGCUCCUGCUCUUCAGGGGUCAACCUCAAUAUUUGAGUUUCAAUUUCCUCCAAUUUUGCGAGGAACACAAGAUCAUUCCCUUUAGCUUUCCGCCCAAUAUAGGACAUCUCUUGCAGCCUUUUGACGGCAAACCUUUCGAAGACUACAAGCGGUAUUGGAGAUCGAGCCUUCUUUGCCUCAUGAUUGACGAUGUCGAUGAAGAGAAAUCAGUCUUCUUCCAUAACUUCCCUUCCAUCCGUGAGAAAUCAUUCAAAUCCGAGGUUAUCAAGGAUGCAUUUGCCGACAGAGGGAUUGUGCCAUUUGAUCCAUCGAAGGUCGGUCAACCGCUUUGA